AUGUUGCCUGUUUGGUGCCGGAAGCACUAAACACUUAUAGCCAUGGCCUGCCAACAUGCAACGGCCCUAUUGGGCACUAGUAGAUGCUUGGUGUCUGCGUUGAGUAGCUGGGCCAGCCACGCCGCAGCCUUCCAAUUCCACUCAACCGCGGCUUUCAGCGCCGAGGCACAGGCACGGACAGCGGAGCCGGCGUCAACAUCUGGACGUGGAAAUGCGGCUAGCGGCAAGAAUGCGGGCCGUGCCCCCAGCAAGCCCGCAUCCGCAGGCUCAAAAAAUACCGGCUCCAGCCCUAGCUCUGGGCCCAAUAGCGCAGCCGCAGCAGCUGCAGCGGCCACAGCAGCAGCCAAAGCCCAGCUAGCUGCCGCAGCAGCCGGCAGCCACCUCGCGCCCAGCCGCAUGGCGCAAUACGCUCGGACCAUCCUACACCGCGAACUAAUGCUCAAGCUGCGGCCGCGGUCCUGGGAUGGCGUGCCGCGGCUGCUCUCCGUGGAAGCCACCAUCCAGGCUUCGGAAACCCAGCUUGAACGCGAUGUUGUGGAGAAGUGGGAGCUGCUGCUGUACUCGCUGGCAUUGGAGCAUCUGACCGGCCGGCCCACCACCUUUGUCUCCCCCGCCAACAAGCACCUCAUUACCCG